AUGUGGCUUGGGGUUCUUUUCAGCUUGCAAAAGUUGUUUGUCUGUGAAUACUGUCUGAAGUACAUGAAAAGCAAGUCAGUGCUUCAGCGUCACCUGAAGAAAUGUGAAUGGAGGCACCCUCCAGGGACUGAGAUCUAUCGCAAGGAUGACUUGUCCAUCUUUGAGGUGGAUGGUAAUGUGAGCAAGAUCUACUGUCAGAAUUUAUGUCUUCUGGCAAAACUCUUCUUGGAUCACAAGACCCUUUAUUAUGAUGUGGAGCCUUUUCUUUUUUAUGUCCUCACGCACAAUGAUGGAAAGGGCUGUCAUUUGGUGGGAUAUUUCUCAAAGGAAAAGCACUGUGCCCAGCGUUACAAUGUGUCAUGCAUUAUGACAAUGCCGCAGCACCAGAGACAGGGCUAUGGACGGUUUCUCAUUGACUUCAGUUACCUGCUCUCCAGAAGAGAAGGUCAGCCAGGGACUCCAGAGAAACCACUGAGUGAUCUUGGGAAGGUGUCCUACUAUUCUUACUGGAAGUCUGUGCUUCUGGAGUAUCUCUUCAAGAAAAGAGAGAAUGGGAACUUGGUGCUAAAGGAAAUGACUACUGACACAGGAAUGUAUGCAGAAGACAUUGCCGAAACCAUGCGUGCUCUUGGCAUGAUUCGACGAGAUGUUAGUGGCAGAUUGGUGCUAUGCAUAGAUGAUGCACUGUUGGAUGAGCACAUGACAAGGGUCAAUCAAGGCAGCAGGGUGACAGUGGAUCCUGAAUGUCUCCGUUGGACACCUCUUCUACCAUGUGCAACUUUGAUUCGUAGGAAAGUGGCAAUGGAUACUGAUGCCCACUCCUCCACCCAUGAUGAAGAAGAGGAGGAAGAUGAAGAGGAAGGGAGGAAUACACCUCCACGAGAGAGUUCCACUGAUCGAGGAGGAAGUGAUGAAAGUCCUGGUGGUGAGAAGACCGUUGUCAAGCAACCUGAUCCUGGAGAGAGGAAUGCCAUGAAUCUGAAGCAGUCAGAAGAAGAGAAUACUAAGAAGAAAAAUCAGCAAGAUUCCAAAAUGGAGUCUUCAAUUGGCCGUCGCAGUCUCCGCAGUCUGAGGAAGAAGAGUCCUGUUAGGGAAACAAGGCAGGAGAGAAUUCGAUCAGCUGCAAAGUCAGAAAAGGAGGAUGGAGCCAAAGGGGAUGAUUCAGACCAGGAAGACACAUUAUUUGUAUCUCAAUUCAAUUCAAGGAGAAGAUUGAGAUCAGGAAGCAGUGAUAUGUCAAAGGAUCCAAUAUCACCUGAUCGAAAAGUAGCCUUACAUCUGGAUGCACAUGGAGCAAAGGAGACUACUUCCUUACUUCGCAAUCGUGCAUUGUCACCAGAGUCUAGAAAACGUAUGCAUCCCUCUGAACUUGAGUCACCACUUCAUGGCCGAAAAAAGUUAAGACAGAAGGGAUUGAGUGUUGAGGAUGUCUCAAGGAAAGGAGAUGAAAUUAGGACUUGUGAGGCAGAAAAACUUAGUACAUAUUCUGCACCUCAAUCUCCCCAGAAAAAGAAAAAGAAGAAGGACAUUUUCAAGAUCAUUACAUUCAGCAUGCGCAAAAGAAAGAGACGUAAACCUAAAGUAGAGGCUGAUACUGGUGAACCUUUGGAAAAGCAGUCUCCUUCUGCACCAGUGAUGGAAUCUCCCAAGCAUGAUGAAGAAACAUCCUCACCCCCGUUAAAGAGGACAUGCACUCUUGAGGAUAGCCCUGCCAUGAAUGGAAAGAAAGAGAUGGCCUGGAAGCGUAUCAAACGUCGGGCUCAUUUGGCUGCCAUGAGCCCUGACUCCCAACCCACCAGACAUGACAGCUUUGAUGACUCAUCGAUGCCCCAGCUGGAGCCAGAAGUUGAAAAGCACCCAGCAGCAGCAGCAGCAGAAGUGGAUGCAGGAGUUCCAUCAUCCCCCCCUCGACUCAGCCCAUCUCAUGAUGAAGGAGAGAUGCAGGAAAAACUCAUUCCCAUUCCCCCUUCUCCUCCCCCCCCCUCCAUACCUAUGCCACCAAAGAAGAAACGUGGUUGGCCUAAAGGUGUUCCCAGGAAACCUCAUAAACAUGUGUCUCCCCAUGAGGAACUAGAAGAGAUGGAAGAGCCAGAGAUCGUAAAUGAGACUAUUGACCAUGAAGAACAGGCAUCACUAUCUGAAUCAAAGCAAGAGCUUAGCAUAGUGCACCAUGAAGUUGCAACAGCCUCACCUUGUGAAAGUCAGACAUCUCAUCUAGCAGUGGAAGUGGGUCAUACUGCUGAGUCUGAUGAGGAUCAUCAAGCUGAGCAUGGGAUAAAAGAACUUUUGCCCAUGAAGGAGGCAGUGAGUGAACAUGAGAUGCUCAAAGAUGAAGACAGCCAAGAUGAUACAGUUGAGGAAAUGGAAUCUCAAUCAGAAGAUAAGGAUGCAGGGCAAGAGACAUGGAAGAAAAUGAAAGCUGAAAAAUUUGUAAAUGCAACAGUCCAUGAUAGGACUCCUGGUGAUAGUUCAGUUGAUAGGAAUGCUGAGGUGUGUGAUAUGCAAGCUUGGCUUCAAGUUGAAAGAGACACUGCUCAUGAUCAGUCCCCAGUGGACUCUCCCAAGAAUGAAGAGAAUAGCCAAAAGUCAGUGGAGUCAGAAAAUAAGGAAGAAACAUUAAAAGAAAAGGAAAUGGAAGGCAAGAAUUAUUCUGGCUUUCAGCCAGAAUCAAAUCAAUCCUCAUCUCCUGGUCAGACCUCAAGUUCUCCUACUGCCUAUCAGAAUGACCAGCAGGAGCACGAUGAGCCUCAGGAUGCACAGCUAAGGCCUGAUAAUGCAUCUAGUACUUGUAUAACACCAGUGCAGGAUCCAGUACUCAAGGAUGAAGUGAAGUCAAGUGAAUCUAUGAUUGUGAAUGAUAUACCUGAAACUCCUGCCUAUCGCUCUUGCCCAGAUUUGACUGAUGGCAUUUCAGACAGACAAGAUCCAACUAAGGAAAAGGCUGAACAUCAGAUGAAAAUAUCUGAAUCUCAUCCUCCUGCAGCUAUGAUAACCCAAUUGCAGCCUCAAUCCCUUGUUCCUGAAAAAAGAUGUGAGGAACCCAAGGCUUCUUCAGAACAGAGUCGAGAGAUAUCUGUACCUGAAAACCACAUGGAAUCCCAGCUGGGAUCAUCUCAACCCCGAAUCCCAAAUGUCCAUACACCUUCUCAUUCCCCUUCCAAGCCAAGACAUCAGCAGCAGCAACAGUAUGGAUACUCACAGGGUGGUCAACCCAUGGAGCAUCAGACAUCAUACCCAGUGAACUCCAAUAAGACUAUGUCCACAUCUCCAACACAGUAUCAUGAGGUGUCUAGUAUGGGUGUGUACACUCCAGACUCCACCACUAACUCAGUUCACUCGGUUCAUGGUUAUACUGGCACUCAUCACGAGUUGGAUGUGGCCCAGUUGGGUUUAGAAUCUCCAAGAUCAAUUUCCAGCAAUGAGCUGGCUCAGCAGCAUUCAGUGGAACCAGCAACACCUUCAAAUUACAGUGACUGUGCCCAGAUCCAGCCAUCAGUUGCCCCACAAUCACAGCAACAGCCACAGCCAGCUCCCUUGCCACCCCAACCAUCCCCCCAACACUCACCUAUGCAACAACAUAUGAUGCAGAUGCAGCCAUCACCUCAGUACAGCAUGACCAAUACACCUGCCACUAACAAUCAACAGCAGUCUCCAUAUAUUCCAAGUCACCUGAAUGCAACUAGUCCAUACAUGAACACAUCUCCUUCAUCACCAUAUAUGAUGCAUAGCCCAGGCAGCAGUAAGCAGCCAAGUCAUAGUCCAAGUGGCAACUCCCGCAUCUCAUCUCAACAGCCUCAGCAGCAACAAUCUCAGCAACAGUCAUAUUACAGCAGUCAUACUCCGCAUCAGAGCCCAAAUCCAUCCCCACAUCUAGGCAGUGGAACCACACAGCUGCAAGGUGUUCACCAUACUAAUACACCUCAGACACAGCAUGCUGUGUCAGUUGCACCUCAGCAAUCUUCACGGCAUGUACCUACACCUGCAACCACUACACAUUCAGGAUCUUCAUGUAGCUUGGCCAAGUUGCAACAACUGGCCAAUGGGAUUAUGGAAAUGGGAGCUUCAGGAAUGCCUCAUCAUCAUCACCAUCACCAAAACAUGACCCCACCUCCAAAUCUAACACCACCCCCAAUCCAUCAUAAUAUGACCCCUCCUCCUAUGAUACCUCCUCAUCACCGAGCCCCCCACAUUGCAGCCAAUCCCACAGCCCUUACAAAUUACUACAAGCAAACUUACAGCCCUCAUGGACGAUCUCAGUGCAUUCAACGCCCACCUAAUGUCACCAUCAAUCCUAAUCUUAUGGCCUUCAAUCAUCAGCAGGCAUUUAAUGGCUAUCGCAUGGGACAUGCCCAGCAGAAUCCAAUGUCAUUGAAUCAUGGUUACACAAGCUUCAUGAACAUGAAUCCACAGGCACAGAUGAUCAAUGUGCAUCCAAGCAUGAUCAACAUGCAUCCACAGGCAGCACAGUAUCAAGAUCCAAACUUGCAUCAUCAGUCUUCAAGGGGACAGAAUAUGUAUGCUUCAUAUGGAUAUGGGCUCAUGCCACAAUUGAACAUGAACAGCUCAAUGAGGAGGUGAGAGAGAGAAAAGAGGAAGGGUUUCCCUGUGAUUGCUUGUGAUUCCUCAAGUGUGUAAUUGGCAUUUCUCCCUGCAUCUCUUUGUUUAUGUUCCAAUAUGUGGUAGAAUCCAGGCAGCUAAGAAGUCAUUGUCAUGAGCUGUGUUGUCCCGUGUGAUACCGGGCUGGCUUUUGGCAGCAGGUGUGGCAUACAGUCCAAAAUAUGAAGAUCUGUUUGACUCUCAGUCAGUUAAUACUGUUUGUAAUGUUCAACGAUGGAGAAAGAUUGAACUCCUUUUUUUCCUGUGCAACAUGGACCUUUUUUUCUUGAAUGAAUGCUGAAUUAGCCCUCAGUAGUAUCUUCAGUGGUUCUUUUUUUUUUCAUUUUAUCCACUGAAGCUCCUUGGUAAGUCUUCUCAGCAGCAUUAACUAUAAAACAUGACCUCUCAUUAAGACCAUGGGAGAAAACCUUUUGUACACAACAGUUUGUCUUUCAGGACAAAAAGAGCUGGAAAUGUAAUUCUUUGCUGUGAUAGUGGAGAGGUCAUAGCAGGAUGAAAGAAUUCCCUCUUCCUGUUCCCCACUCACAUUUCUUGUAAUUCUCUUCUGCAUGUACAAAACAAUUCUUUCCGAAUGUGAUCUGAGAGAUUUAUUUUCCAAUGAACUUCCCUAACAGAUUGUCUCAACUCCUGUAUGUAUUUCUCUCUUUUUCUUCAUCCAUUGCAUGUACAUACUAGGAGGCUUUUCUCUGUAUAGAAAAUAAACACCAUUUGGUUCAGCCUGAUAGGAAAGAGGAAAUAAACUAUCAUAGAAUCUUUA